UUACCCCAUCAUCAAACUUUGUGAGAAGACAACGUAUUAACAAACACAGGCACUUGUUGAUUACGGUGCGGGAGUUAGGUAAUAAAGAAGUAGUUAAUCUGUAAAUUCUGUUUUCUGUCUAAAUCCAUCUGUGAUUGUAUUGUAAACGCCAGUGUAUGUAGAGAGUCAAAAACUAGCAGGGCAGGAUAUCUGGUCAACUAUUCAGGCAUGAGGGUGUGCAUCAUUGGAGCGGGGGUCAUCGGCCUCUCCACCGCUCAGAGCAUCUACCAGCACUUCCACCACAGGAUCACCCCCCUCACCAUAGAGGUGUAUGCUGACGUCUUCACUCCACUCACCACCAGCGACGGGGCAGCCGGGCUCUGGCAGCCGUAUCUCUACGACAAGGGAAACGUGCAAGAAACUCAAUGGAACAAAGAGACGUUUGACUAUCUGCUAAGCUGGCUCAGCUCUCCAGAUUCAGUGAAAAUGGGAAUCUUCCUUCAGUCUGGCUACAAUCUGUGCUCUAAAACGGCACCAGAUCCCUCAUUUAAAGAUGCUGUCUUGGGUUUUCGCCAGUUGACUAAACGUGAACUAGAUAUGUUCCCAGGAUACAGUUUUGGGUGGUUCAACACCACUCUCAUUAUUGAAGGAAAGACAUACCUGCCUUGGCUUAUGGACUGGUUAAAACAAAGAAAUGUCAAGUUUCAUCAGAGAAAGAUUGGUUCAUUUAAAGAGUUGGCAGAUAUUGGUGCAGACGUUAUCGUCAACUGCUCCGGUGUCCGAUCAGGAGACCUCCAGCCUGAUGCUGAGCUCCAGCCAGCCAGAGGACAGAUCAUUAAGGUAGAUGCUCCGUGGAUAAAACAUUGGAUCUCCACACAUAAUUUCUCAUCUAGAGGCAAUUCCUCUUACAUAAUACCUGGGAGCCGUUUAGUCACUGUGGGUGGGGUUUUCCAAGUAGGAAACUGGAAUCUGCAGAACAGUUCUGUUGACCAUAAACGAAUCUGGGAAGAGGCCUGCAAGCUUGAGCCCAGUCUACAGCAUGCGCGGAUAGUAGAGGUCUGGACUGGUCUCAGACCCGCGCGCAGCAAAGUUAGACUGGAGAGAGAGACCAUACGAUCUGGACCAGCCUCGUUUGAGGUCAUUCAUAACUACGGACAUGGGGGUUUCGGACUGACCAUCCAUCGUGGAUGUGCUGAGGAAGCUUCUCGUCUCUUUGGACAGAUCCUGGAGCAGAAAGGCCUGCUAGCACACUCUAAGUCACGUCUCUAGUAUAUCUGGGCGUCUGGACAAUGUUCUCCUUAAUGCCAUAACCACUGUCAUACUGAUUCCAAAAGAAACUCAUAGAUUCCAUGAGUUUAAGAAUGUAGCCUGAAGUACAGAGAUCUAAAUGUACAUGUAUUUAUUUUUUAUCAUACUUACUAAUAGAAUAUAACAGAAUCAUAACAGAGCUGAAUUGUUAACUCAUUUUACUCAGCUAAUGUACAAUAAAGAAUUAAAUGC